CAUGAUACGUGAACCCGGAAAUACUGGCUGAGUACAGUAGUACACAAGGACGACUUUCACGUGCAGGUGGUGAACGCUACCUCUUAAACAUCGCUGAUCAUGGCUAUAGACUACAUAGGAUAUGGAUAUGCAGCCCUUAUUGCAUCUGGAGGAGUGAUGGGUUAUGUCAAAGCAGGUAGCGUUCCUUCCAUGGCAGCUGGCCUGCUGUUUGGAGGCCUGGCAGGUUUUGGUGCCUACCAGAUAUCACAGAACCCAAGAAACAUUUGGGUGUCUUUAGCUACAUCGGGAACCCUGGCUGGUAUAAUGGGGGUGCGAUUUUACAGCUCCGGAAAGUUCAUGCCUGCGGGAAUUGUGGCUGGAGCAAGCAUCCUGAUGUUGGCAAAACUUGGAAUUGGAUUUCUACAGAAGCCACAUGGGUCAUAAGUGUUGCCAGAGAAUAGAAACAAAACAAUGUUAGUUUUCUGUCUUAAAACAUGAUGAAUUUAGAAUAGUGACAGUCAAAUGGGAUCUUGUUUUGUAUAAAAUGUGUAAUAAAUGAUAAAAAAAAAUGAAGCAGA